CGCGGGCGGGCGGGCGAGCGGCGGCCGGCGCGGAGCGCGCGGAGCGGGCGCCCGGCGGGAAUGGCGGACGGGGCGCGCUCGCUGCGCGGCAGCGGCGGCGGCAGCGGCGGAGGCAGCCCGGCCUCCAGCCCGGUGCUGGGCGGGCGGGGCCGCGCCGCGGCGGGGGGCAGUAGCCCGCCGGGCCACGCGUUCCGCAGGGUGACCCUGACCAAGCCCACCUUCUGCCACUACUGCACCGACUUCAUCUGGGGGCUGGCCGGCUACCAGUGCGAGGUUUGCAAUUUCAUGUCUCAUGAAAAGUGCCUCAAGAAUGUCAAGAUACCAUGCUCAUGUAUUGCUCCCAGCCUUGUAAGGGUUCCAGUUGCGCACUGUUUUGGACCUCCAGGACUUUACAAAAGAAAGUUUUGCGCUGUGUGCAGGAAGUCCCUGGAGUCACCUGCCUUUCGAUGUGAAGUUUGUGAGCUACACGUGCACACAGACUGUAUCCUAUUUGCUUGCAGUGACUGCCGGCAGUGUCACCAGGAUGGGCACCUGGACCAUGAUACUUACCACCACCACUGGAGGGAGGGAAACCUUUCUUCAAGUGCUCGUUGCGAAUUUUGCAAAAAAACCUGUGGGUCUUCUGAGGUGCUCUCUGGCAUGAGAUGUGAAUGGUGUGGCAUCCUGGCUCAUGCUGCUUGCUGUGUAAUUGUCCCACCAGAAUGUACCUUUGGAAGAUUAAGGAAUAUGAUUCUUCCUCCAAGUUGCGUUCAGUUGUUUUCUCGCAACUUCAGCAAAUUGCAUUGUUUUCGGAUAUCAGAAAAUUUGCAAACAGAAUCAGAUGAAGAUGAUGAUGUUGAUGGGUCAACACAAGGAUCAACAAAAGAUAUCCAAAUUUCAACUGAUUCAAGUAAACAAACACUCAAGAUAUUUGAUGGGAAUGACGCAGUGAAACGCAAUCAAUUUCGACUAAUUUCAGUUCCAAGGAUUGCAAAAAAUGAAGAAGUUGUGGAGGCUGCUUUGAGGGCGUACUACAUAAAUGAUGACCAGCAGGAGUAUGAGCUUCAGACCUUCACACAGCAGGUGCUGCUCUCUGAUGAUGUUAUCAACAGGAAUGAUGCUGCAGAAGACAGCAAUUUGGGCUCAGUAUUCCGAGAAUCUGUUCCUGAAGCUUGGAUCAUCAGAGCCAAACCAAAGGAUGAGGAAGUGAUCAGAAUUUAUCCUGCCUGGCUAAAGGUGGGAAUGGCAUAUGUUUCUCUACGAGUAAAUAAGGAUAGCACUGUGCAGACUGUGAUCAAAGAAGUGCUCCCUUUACUUGGAAGGCAGACGGAGUGCCUCCAGGAUUUCAAAUUGGUGGAAGUGCUUAUGGGCAGUAAGCAAGUUCAGCGCAUGGUCUUGGACAAUCAGGAACUGAUUCUUAACAGACUCAAGGACAUAAGAAAGACUUCGAUACGUCAGAUGAAUCAAACAAUUUACAUUGUGGAAAACAGUAAAUCCAUUGUACAAGUAAAUUUAUUUGUUGGUGGCCUUCCACCUCAGCUUUCCCCUGAAGAAUACACAAAUAUUCUCAAGGAAGAAUUAGCUAUCAAAACAAAUGUAGUAUCUGUGAGUCAUGUUUAUCAAGCACAAGGUGCUGUUGUACUCCAAAUUUCAUGUUUUUCUGAAGCUGAAAGAAUAUAUAUGCUAGAAGAUACUGUUGUCAAUGACAAGCCUCUGAAUGCUGUGGUGAUUCCUGCAGUUAUGGCUUCCAAGAUACCACAGAAUUGUUGCCCACUUCUUGUAUUUGUGAAUCCAAAAAGUGGUGGUCUAAAAGGUCGGGAUCUUCUGUACAGUUUUAGAAAGUUGUUGAACCCACAUCAAGUCUUUGAACUUACCAAUGGGGGCCCACUUCCUGGGUUUCACACGUUCUCCAAAGUCCCCUCCUUCCGAGUACUGGUGUGCGGAGGGGACGGCACGGUUGGCUGGGUCCUUGGUGCCCUCGAGGAGAUCAGGCACAAGCUGGUGUGCUCAGAGCCCUCAGUUGCCAUCUUACCUUUAGGAACAGGUAAUGACCUGGGGAGAGUCUUGCGCUGGGGAGCUGGCUACAGUGGGGAGGACCCGUACUCCAUUUUGGUUUCUGUGGAUGAGGCAGAUGAUGUUCUUAUGGAUCGCUGGACUAUCCUUUUGGAUGCAGAAGAGCCAGCUGAAGGUGCAGAAAAUGGCAUUGCGGAACCUGAGCCUCCCAAGAUUGUACAGAUGAACAAUUACUGUGGUCUUGGCAUUGAUGCAGAGUUGAGCUUGGACUUUCAUCAUGCCAGAGAAGAAGAACCAGGGAAAUUUAAUAGCAGGUUUCACAACAAGGGAGUUUACGUGAAAGUUGGGCUGCAGAAGAUAAGUCACACUAGAAACCUGCACAAGGACAUAAAGCUGCAAGUGGACCAGCAUGAGGUGGAGCUACCAAGUAUAGAAGGACUCAUCUUUAUUAAUAUUCCCAGCUGGGGCUCUGGGGCCGACCUCUGGGGGUCUGAAAGUGACAACCGCUUUGAGAAGCCACGCAUCGAUGACGGCCUGCUGGAGGUGGUUGGUGUGACGGGCGUCGUGCACAUGGGUCAAGUCCAAGGUGGCUUUCGAUCAGGAAUACGCAUAGCUCAAGGCUCGUAUUUCCGUGUAACGCUCCUAAAGCCAAUUCCAGUUCAAGUUGAUGGAGAGCCCUGGAUUCAGGCCCCUGGCCAGAUAAUAAUAUCUGCUGCAGGACCAAAGGUCCAUAUGUUGAAAAAAUCCAAGCAGAAGCAGAAAAAAACUGGAAGCCUGAAAGAGAUGAAAGUGGAUAGCACGUCAGUCUCUGAAGGAGGACGCAAAGGGGAAACCUGUGUUCAUGCCUAUGGUAGAUACCAUCCUGGUCCAGUAAAACCGAGUGCAGACAAGUCAUGAAGAGUGUUGCCUAUGAGCGUGCCUUUCAUUACAUUUUGAUAGUACUGGGUUCUUCUUUGUCUUUCAAAGAUAGUACCUCAUUGUCACAAGUAACAAUUAUGUACCACUUGUCUCAUCUGAAAUGUUUACUUGGAUUUGUUUUUCUGUUGGCAGUUUCCCAGCCAGAGAUUCCAAGAUGCUGAGAUUUCCGCAUUUGCCUUCACAAAAAAUCCUUCCCUCCUCCCAGUUCAUUCUAAAAGAAAAUCAUUGCAUAGAUAUUUUUUUAAUUGUUCUAUAACUGAAAAUGUGUUCCUUUAAAUUAAUGCUCACAAUAGCAUCCUAACCAAAAAAAGGCAAAACCAUGAGCUGCUGAGAGCUCCUUAGAUCAGUCCAAAGAGCACAGCUGAAACAGUACAAGUGUAAAGAGAAAAACACAACACAAAACACAGGAGAGAUUAUUUCUGUAAAAGGAUCUCAGUGCACUGGGAAGAGAGAAUGUGCUAGAACAGUUGAGUCAAAAUAUUUCAGAGCAUUUACUUCAACAGUAUUUGGACAGCAUGAAUGAAGGGGAAACAGGCUGUAGAGCAAUUUUUCAUCUGUAGCUUAGUUUCUCGUUAUUCAGCCAAAGCCGGUUUUAAAAGGCUUUUGAAUUUCAUCAGCUACAACUCUCAAAAUAGAAAAGGAACAAAAAUACCCAAGGCAAUAGUAUGUUAUACAAAUUCUAUUUUAUCACUGAAACCAUUAACUUUGACACCAGACUCUUGUCUUGACUUUACUUGUGUUCUUUCAUUUUCAUGAACUUGGACUGUUAUAUAGCAGCAAGCUCAAGAAUCUUCAUUAAUUAGGUUAAAAGAAGUACCACUUAGUGUUCAAUUGAGUACAUUAGCACAGUCAUAUGUUAGAGCUGAACUGAUGUACAGCCUAGCUUUACUGAGGAGCCUUAGCAUCUAGGCUCCAAAUAACUGGGAAUGCGAGAGUCAUCAUGAAAAUUCUCUUACCUCGCUAGGUUCUCAAGUCUUUGUGGGCGUUACUAGGUGUGGGCCCAGGGACACAGUGACAGUCUUUUCUCACCUGGACGAGUGUGUGCUCUUCAGAGGCUGUUUCUUCAUCAGUUCCUAUGAGGCCAAGACCACUUUUCUGUGUUCACCCAUCUGCUGAAGCGGUGGCGAUCCAGUACUUUUACAGCUUUGUGCUGGAGACUGGCGCUGGAGCAGACAUGCACCUGCCAUACACCAUCCAGAUCUGCUGUCCAUGGCUAUAGUCAUGUUGUUCUUCCCUCACAUCUCUGCUGUCUCAUCUCACCGUGGUUCCCCAGGAACUGAACCUUUCACUUUUGGUCAACAUCAUACUCAAAGGGCUCUGUGAGCCACUUGUGGGUGGGGGGGCCUGCAAGAUUUUGCCAGUUCUAUGCAUCAGCUGCUUGGAGCUGCUUAAGCUAUGUUGGCUAGAGCCUGCUUAGCCACAUGGUGGGGUUACUUGUCCUCUGUUGCACAGUAAUAGCUAUUUCAGCUGUGGGUGGCAUGAAUUCAUCACUUGAGUGUUAGCCUUUGGAGCAUUCCUCUUGCCAGUGUGUCUAGAAAAACAUCUGCUUCGGGGGACUUAUGUGUAACUUUGAAAUACACAAAAGCUGUUUUGUGAUGGAGCUGGUUACAUGCUGAGGCAGUUCUUGCUGGGUCUCGUUGAUGAGUCUGUACUCCUAGCACUGACAGCUUCAGCAACAGCUGACCAUUACAUGUGCUUUCUACUUUCUGGUUGUGGUGCAACAAGGGUGUGAAUGUCAUCUACAGCAACAGAAUGAUGUAGCUAAAGCUAGAAAGAGAGACAAAACAGCUAUGGAAAAAUGGCAGAUGCCUGCAGCCUCUCCUUUCAAUCUAGUGAUUCCUUCUCAGUUUUCUGGUAGAGAUGCAGUUGGAGGAAUGACUUCUAUUUUCAGUGAAACCUUUUCUUAAUUGUUUAAAUUCUUAAUUAAUACUUGGGGAUGUUCUUCAGGUCUAGAACUUCACUUUCAUUCAACCUGAAAACUGGACUGAUGCUAUGAAGGAAAUAGUUUGGAUAGUGCAGACCUAAAAGCCUUGUCUUCCUGAUCAUUAAACACAGGGUUGUCUUCUUUAGAACCUGGGCAUGAGGGGUCAGCUGGACCUCUUCUGGCAUCCUGGUACCAGCAUUACAAGUAGGGAGGAUCAAGUAUUGUAUUUCAGGAUGUGCACUCUCUGAAUGAAGCUCACAAAUUAGAGAGGAAAUCUGGAACAGGCUGCUGCUUCAUAAUUGUCCAGAAAGAGAGAGAAACUGCUUGGUAUCCUUAGGAGAGCAGAAAGAAUGCAUGAUCUGCUUUCCAGUUGUUGACUCAGUAAUGGAAGCUGGGCUUUUUGUUACAGAAAACAUGCAUAAGUUUUAAGAUUUCUGGUACUGACUGUCUUCUGCAGCCCAAAUAAAUAAGGCUGUCUUACUAUUUUUCCAGGCAUAUAUAAUCCUGCGCCAUGUAUCUGACAGUGUUCAAGUUCUUGGGUUUUUAAGGACCUGUCUGUCUCUCCUUUUGCUCUGUAUCUGAUAUCGGAAAUAACAUGAAACUCACAGGUCACAAUAUCUUACACCCUGUAAACUCCUGUUUUGGGAUAGCAUCAUGGUAACAAGGUGACUCUGAAGUAUGAGUGUAAUCUCUUCCCAACUUCCAGAGGGCGUACUGGUAGAGGACAAGAAGGCUUUGAGUUUUGUUCCCUUUUCUUUUUUCCCCAGAAACCAACUGCCAUGUAUUUCAGCAGAUGAGUGCCACACUGGAAUUAAAAAAUAGCUUAAGAAAAACAUUUAGUAUAUAAGACCUCUGUGCCUCAAAAGAUGAUGCUUAAUGUGUUUUAAUCACAAAACAGAUUCAGUUGAGAUGGAAAACUCGCUGUAAAACUUUUAAAAGGAGAAACUCACUCAUUAACCCCUCUAUUAAGAUGUUCUAGUUUCAAGUUCUGUAAAGGCCAUUGUAUCAAGAAUAUAUGUAUGUGUGUGUUUUUUCUCACAUUUUCAUUGCAUGUGGUGUCUGAGAAGGCCUAGUAUUUUCUUCCAUGAUAUGCAAGGCCUGCAUGAAGGGAGGGGGUAACUCUUUGCAGUUAAUUUGAAACAUUCAGACUUAGCCUUUCCACUGAACAUAACAAUGCAGUAUAAUUUAUGUGACAGUGGGCAGAUAGAUGAUUCUCCAUACUGACUGGUUAGUAUUGUGUGACAGCCUAAUGGUCACAUGGCCAAAUAAUUCAAAUAAUGCAGCAACAAAAGCAUUGGGGAACAGGCUCAGUUCUGUCAAGACAGGUGUUAAGUAACAUCAGGGACACAGAACCAGGAGCUGUAACCGUGGACAGUGAAGAGAUGCAGGUUCUUUGCUAUCCUGAGCACAUUCCUUCACCCUCUCUCCACUGCCUUUUUACCUUGCCUAUAAACCAUGGCAGGCACAAACAGCACAACUACCAUCUCUCCUGCUGAGGUACACUCUCCUGACCUUCUACUAGUGUCCUACUUAGGCAUUGCCAGAAUUGGGAAGAGAAGGGUCCUGAAAGCCCUGGUUCCUUUCAAAUACCACAGUGUUGCAGACUAGUGCAGGUGGUCAGUUGGUUAAAAUCUUUUUUGAUGGAUAAACAUAUUACCUCUGCCUUGAAUUAGUAGAACUAAAAUUGAAAAGCUCAUCCCAGAGAUACGGGUGCCUCUUCAGAAAAUUUGCUGCUUUUUCCCCCCAUGGCUUUUACCCUUGAUUUGUACAGUUUAAAUUGCUGGUGUUUUUGCUGCAUUGAGUUUUAGAUGAAAGGGUUAUUUUGCCAAAAACCUUUUGUUUAUAUAUGUGUACGUACAUGUGUGAACAUACAUGUGUGUACAUACAUGUGCACACACGUUUAAGAACACGCCUUAUUGUAUUAGUAUUAUUCCACAGUGCCUAAUUAUACAGCUUUUGCCCUGUUACAGCAUUCUGAUAGCACUCACUUCUGGAUCUUCCUUCCAAGGGUUUUGGACAUGAGGCAGGACUUGUACUUUCCAACAAGACAUAAUGGCAAUAUAGUGAAAGCACAACCAUGUUUAGAGUACAGUUUCUGCAUGUCUGCAGUUUGAGCUCUGCUUGCUGUUUCUAGAUUUUAGUCAAGUAUCUGUGUGUCUAAAACCAGUGGCAAUGGCUAUUGUAGCAUUUUAAAAACUAGGAAGAAGCUGUCACUGCAAAACUUCCCUAAGGAACAAAUGAACUGUUAUAGACAAUUGUUGUUAAUCUUCAUGAUUAUCCUCUUACAAAUAUUGUAUUGAUUUAAUGUCUUUAGAGCAAAUAUUGUACUUGAUCUGAAUGUCAGCUAUUUCAAAUUGCUCAGCAUUUAUGUGUGCACGUGAUUCUGUAGCAGUCUGUUGACAUAUAAAUGUUAUUAUCAAAUGAAACCUCUUUUUGUGGGAGGAGAUGGUAAGAGGAGCUGUUGUGACACUUAAAAAGGGCUUAUGUUGAAGACACAACAGAUUUGUUGCAUAUGUAUUUAAUAAUGUACUGACUGUAGGUAUGCUCUGUCUUGCAUAAUCUCCAGUCCAUAUUCCAGCACCAUUACUGGGGGCUCAUUGGAGUUGUGCACUGGCACAAAGUAGAUACUUCUUCAUUUUGCACCCCAUAAAUCUUCCUUACUACCUUCCAAGUGACUGUACAUUUUCCUGUUUCUGCCAGGCUGCCCUCCUGCCCUUUGGGCCUAGUUCUGUACCAAAACUGGUAAUGAAGGUAUGAGCAUGUGCUGGUGAAUGUGUGUGGAGAGUGGGGGAAUGGAGUUCCUGCUGUGAAUGCUGCUCUGUCAGUUUGGCUUAGACUAUUCUCUAAUUUCUACUUCAGCUUCUACUUUAGCCAUCUAACAGCUGCGCAGCAAAGAUUUGGCAACUACUGAAUUGCCUUGGAUUCACCAGUGACAACAUUGCCUCAUUUUCAGGCUUCGAUCUUAUAUGCAUCAGAAUAUGUAUAACUUCAUUAUAUUUUUUGCACUUAACAGAAAAUACAGGUUAGAUAGGCUUAGAGUGUGGCAAAAUUGCAAUGUUUGUACUUUUUUUUGUAAAUAUGGGGAUGAUUCUACAGAUAAAAAGAUGCACUUUCAGAUAACAAUGAGAACAAGUUUGUAGAAUACAAUUGUUUAGGAGUUUCUCUGGUUGCAGUGUUCCUGAUCCCCAUCCAUGUCUAACACUGUGUUCUCCUUGAAAGCCUGCUUGGGGAUAGAGAUGGCUUUGGAAAUCGCAGAAUGUAUUUAUAGCUGACUGACUGAACCUUUAUGUACAUUUUUGAGCAAAUUUGCUGCUAUUCUAAGUUUUAGGUUUUACUACACUGCUUCUAUAAUGCAUAAAGUAAAUGUUCAAGUUUUAUUUAUAACGUCAACACUUACUGAUUUGACACUUAGUUUCAGGAGACAUCCAGCCCAAAGCCUUCAUUUCUUUUGCUAUUUAAUAGUUUUGUUGUGGUUUCUUUUUUAGCAGUGUAGGCAUUGUAUGUGUGGAGUACAGUGAAAUGAAUGCAAAUUACUAACCUUAACCUGCAGUUAGAGUGGCAGUUUUCAUGUUUACAGGACAGAGACUAUUGAUUGUAAACCCAUCCAUGUCCACUGAAACGGUGCACUCUGUGUGUUUUGGAAGCACUGUUUCUGCUUACCAUGGUAAUUAAUGGAAUACUUGCCUUCUGGUUUUAGAGUCCUGGUAAUCUUGCUUUGGAGAGAUUUCAGUGUGGGUUAUGGCUUCUCUGCCAGGGACUCACAGGACAGAUUUGUCCUGAUACAAGUAUGUUAUAUUGAACAUGUUUUCUGAAAGAGUGACUUUAUUUUUUGUGAAGAUAAUUUAUGAGAAGGUUUUAUAGCAGAUCAGUGCUGAAAAAGUUGAAGUCUUGAAAUAAAUGUUUGUAGAUAUUAAAGAUCUAUCACAAAGCAAAGUAUUUUUUAAUAGGGUUACUGGUGUAGUUAUCCCUCUGAGCUCUCCUGGCAGCCAUACCCAUUUAGCAUGUCACUCUGCACUGGUCAAGUGUGUUAUUUAGGGGACAACCUGAUUUCAGAAGAUAUGGCUUCAUUUAUAUUGUGCAUAUCCCCUGUUACACCUCUGGCAGCAACUCCCCAUACAAACAUCAGCCAUACAAGGCAGAGCUUCUCCCCAUACAGAUCACUGCAGCUUGAAGAGCAGAGAGCCUGCCCUUGUGCUUGACUGCAGAAAGUUGUAAGUCUGGUGACUGUCUGGCACUUACAGUCCUCUCUCUCAGCAUCAUAGAGUGUGCCACGCAAGCUCUUUUGCUUUCUGAAUGCAGGCAGGCACAAAUCAAGAGUGCCCGAGUCAAACUGCUAAUACCUUGUCUCACCAUGGCAUCCAUUUCUUAGUGCUGCUUAUCAUGCCAAAUUGGGUAGCAAGAGGUGCUUGAAGUAUUACUGAGUAUUUAUUGUGUAAUUUUUGGGUGCUUAUAAAGCCUUUACUGCUAUUUUAAAGCAAAAUUUGGGGAUCUGUAGCAUAGCAAUAGCUGUAUAACUCUAGCAUUCCAAACAUGCCCAAAGCAAGUUAUCCUUGUGAUAGUUUAGUUAGCAAUGGUGUAGCUAGCAGCAAUCUUGUAUCUUGAAGCUGCAAGUUCUGAAUAUUGGAAGACAACAUCUCUGCUUUGAAUGCAAAGCAUUAGAGUUUGUAAUUCACUAUAGAUUUCAGCAUCUUUCCUACUUAAAAAUGACUGAUGACAUCUUAAUUCUUCUCAAACUAUAACUUAACUAUUGCUUAAAUAACUGUUUUUUCACCUCUGGUUAUUUAAAUCAUCCAAUUUACACAGUUGUAUGAAUGCUGUUUUAUUAUCAAGAUACUCUUAAGGUGUUUCAUAGCAUUUCUUGUGAAUGUUCUAAUACAUCAGUAAUAAAUAAUCCUGACCUAAUAAACUAAUGUAAGCUGACAAGUUAUUGUCUAAUGCUUAUUCUUUGUGCAUCUGCCUAAUUCUCAGAAAAAAAAAAAAGCAGCCUAAGUAUAAGCAUUAAAGUGGUUGAAAACAGUUUCCCCACACUGUGCCUCAAACCAGUAAUGUGUUAUCACACAUUUACUUGUGGAUUGGUCUCAAAAACUAGCUUUUAAUGAUGUAAUUUGUUUCUCACUGUCUGCCUUGCAAUGAGACGUAUCACUAUAUUGUGAUAACUUGUCUUCAAAAAAACAUACCUAGUGUACUAAUAGAUUUUUAAAGAAGUAAUUUAUAAAACAUGGACUUUUCUCUUAUAUUUAAACAUCUGUUCAUCCUUGGGUUCUGUUCUUAGAACAAUUCUGUGUAUAUUUUGCAAUACAUGUUUUGUGUUUUACUGUACAUUUUGCACCAAUAAUGUAUUCUAAGUAUUAUUUACAAGUUCCAGAGAUCUGUAACUAGAAUUUGCUGUGAACAAAUACAACAUCUCUUCUACCCUG